AUGUGGCUCAUCCGACCAGACGCGCAGACGCAGCGGCGGGAAGUCCCUGGCGAGACAAUGUUGACUGCCACCCGAAACGAGCGAAUCGACAAUUACAGCCCGAAAGACAAUCCGCAGCUAACGGGAAAGAUACCCACCGAAUGCCACAACGUCGGAGCUGUCGAUCAACGCAUCUCGCGCCGCGAUCGGGUCAAACCAGUCGGAAUGGCACGCGGAAGAAGAGGCAACAGGUGCCGUCGCCCAAGUCAACACAACUCAAUCAAGCUACCCUCGCCAAACGCGUUUGCAGACGGAGAUGUGGAGAAGUGGAUUCGCGAGUUUCAAUUAAUCGCAUCGUGCAACGGCAUCAAAGGGAGUGCGCACGUGGUCACCGCAUUGGGUGCACUGCUCACCGGACGAGCGAGGGCCGCUUACGACUUGAAUUUGGAAAGCAACCAAGCCCUAGAUUAUGAGAAUCUGAAAGCUGCAUUGUUGGCAGAAUUUUCAAAGGUGACCGCGAGAAGGCGAUGA